CACAGGCAGCCAACAAUACACAACAUUGGAGCUGGCAUAGAGUGUAUGGGUUUUCUCAGAAGUGUAAUACCACAUAUCUCCUGCAGAACGUGGAGGCGCCGUAAGCUUCCCUUGGCAGGGGGUGUCUGGCAGCUGCCCACCAGUGAAGUGAUUCUGUGGGGGAUAAUUGGGGUGGUGGUGUACUGUGGCAGCCUGGCACCCAGCAGACAAUACACAGAGCAGGAGGAGGGGGCAGAGCCCGGAGGAAGCCUCAUAUAAGGAGACAUGGAGGCUGGCAUGUGCGGAGGGAGGAGGGAAGGAGAAGAAAGGAAGUGACUGUUCCUGCACAAAGCACAGGGCUGAGGGAGGAGGGAUGUGCUCGGCCGCUGCCUCCUCCGGGUGCUCGGUGCCAGUCUAGCUGCCCACAAUCCACUCACACAAAGCACCGAGGACAUGGCUUCUAUGGCGGCCGCAAUAGCCGCAGCGCGGAUCUCCGUGUCAGGGAACCGACCCCUGGACGAGAAGGAGAGGAACCGCUUCGCCUACUUCUCCUCCCUGAACUCCAUGGCCAAGAAAAUCAUGCAGGACAAGGAGCGGGUGCGGGAGCGCUACGGUGCCCAGUGGGACAAGAUGCCGCCCAAGGAGCAGGACGAAGCCAUAGACAAGAGCCUGGUGGACCCGGAGCUGCAGAAGAGGUAUGCCCUGCACCGGGGCCCCAGCCCGGACCAACCUGUGCCCUGCUACCCGGUGCUGAAGAUCCAGAGCGGCCAGAAGGUGGUGCACUUCGGGGAGGAGGAUAUUACUUGGCAAGAUGAACAUUCUGCACCAUUUUCCUGGGAAACGAAAGGCCAUCUGCAUCCAGCACCAUGCAACAGUAUAUGUGCAGGAAGACAGAGAACUGAGGACAAAGACUCAGGCGGGAGUCAGAUGGAAUUCAGCAUUUCCUCACUGUCUACUCAAGAACCAACAAGCACCAUUGUACAGAGUGAGCAGAAGCAAACCCCCAAAUCUUCCAGUCAGAGUAACCAGAUUAAGACUCCUCUUGGAAAUUCUGCUGCCAAGCCACCUCAGGGAAUGAGGACACCUAACUGUGAUGGGACAACACCAGUCAGAAAAGAAGAAGAAUCAGCUUUUUGGAAAAUAAGCAUGGAACGGUCUCGAGUUGAUGGUUCACAAGUAGAAUUUCAGUCUUUAACACCCAGUCAGAUAAAGUCCUUAGAGAAGGGAGAGAAACCACUUCCCGUCUAUUGUAGACAAGAUUCCUUCCAGAAGGAGAAAGAAGUUACAAAGCUGGAGAAACCCGAGAAGUCUCUCUUGUCUGAAAAGCCAUCUGUGGUCACAAAGCAGCCAAAGACAACCAAUCCAAGUAGUAUUUCUUUAGCCUUGGAGUCUCCUAGACCAAGCCAGUCUUCUGUCAGCACUUUAGAUGAUGUCUUUCUUCCAGAGCCACCAGCAGUAAUGCAAUCAGUGACAAAAACCAGUAAGGAACCCGAACACGAUGAGGCUGUUACAACUGGACCUCAGCUGUUUUCACAGAUUAACACUAGCAGUGUUCUUUUGAAGACCGGAUUUGAUUUUCUUGACAACUGGUAACAAGACUUAUCAUCUCUGUUGGAAGACACGAGCAAAAAUAUUUUCUUUAUCAGAUGGUUUUGUCGUAAUGUGCAAACUCUUCUUAGAUGGCAUUUUGUAAAACUGUAUUCAUUAUUUUCCAUUCUUUUGUGAAGCAUUUGUUAGUUGAAUCUUUAUGUACUGUUUUGGUGAAGUCAAUGUCUUUUUAAAGGUGCCUAUACUAUGCUUGUAUUCCAUUUCCUUUUUUAUUACACUAUUACAAAGGACAUUAAAACCAAAAAUGCCUAUAUACUUAAGUCAAAGGAUACUAUAUGAUAUUAGUAUUGUUGUCUUUAUAGUUUAAUUCAUCUGUAGAAUCACAUCCUUCAAUGUCCCUGCCAAUAGACCAUAGAGCUGAUCACGUCUCGAUCCCACACUCAUAUAACAUAUACUUUAUCCCGUUUUUAUAAACAAAAUUAAACAUUGACACUUGUACUGUAAGAAAAAGUUGUAAUACGUAUUUCAGGAAAUAUUGUGGACACUGUUCACACUUGUGUUAGUAGGGUUCAUCAAGUUUUCUGUAAUUUUGUCAACGUGAAUAGUGCAGUCUGCAGAAAUAACAUAACACACAUGGAUCCCGAUAAAGUCUAAGGGGUCAGGAUUUUCCAGUAUAGAAGUCAUAGCUAUGUUAUACAUAUAGAUAUAAUGUUGCUUUGAGAUCAUAUAUGUUACAUUGGAGACUUAGAAGAGCCCUCAUUUUUGUAGCCAGUUGAUGAUUUUCAACUUUUUAAAUAAAAA